AGAUGAAAGGCAUCUAAGGACAAAGUGGGUCUCCCAUCCCACACUUAUUUGUCUAUUAAGACAAAAGUGAGGUCUACACCCCUCCCCCCAUCAUUUUCGGCCUAAGCAUCACAAGAAGGAGAGGAAGCUCUGCAAAAUACAUCCUCCAUAUCCAUAAACAAAGCUCAAGCAAUAGGAGUCCAAGGAGGAAGAUAAUAGAAGGAAAAAGCUAGGAAAAAGUGUGAAAACUAAGGAACUUGUGAAAGGUAUUUCAAGUGAUUUCACAAAGUUGGAAAAGUCGCCGGAGUUGUCGCCGGAGUUGACCAAAAGUCACCGGAGUUUCACCGGAGUUCAACCAAGAAGGGUAGAACUUCUUAACGCUAGUUCAAGGUUGAAGCUAGAGCUUGCUACUUGCACCUUCUCACGGGUGAUAUCAAAUCAGGGAGACGUGAAAUGGAGGGCAGGCGAAUGCGGACCAGGAACAAUCCGAGGGGGCAGGCGCCGGUAACAUCCCAAAGGGGAAGCCGGGCUGCAUCUCGGGGUUCAAGAGGAGGCCGUGGAGGCCGUGGAAGCCGUGGAGGUCAUCAAGCUCAAACUGUGAGUGAUGGCCAUGUAAGCUCGGUGUAUGAAACCAACACCGAGGAUUAUGACUCUACGUAUGUUCCUGAGACAGAGCAUGAGGAGACCCCAUAUGAUGGGGGUGACACAUACACCGAUGAGGACAAUGAUGAAAGUGAUGCCCGCUUCGCCCAAAUGGGUGAAUUACUUGAGUGGUAUCAAAAGGAGAAACUGAGGAGAGACCUUAGGCGCCAAGCGAGGCGUGGCUCUCGUGGUGGUUCGGGUCAAGGGAGCCGGGGAGCUUCCGUGGCCACCCCAGCGGCGUCACAAGGUGGGCGUGAAGGAGGUUUUGUUGUGAGAAUCUCCAAGUACCUCAAGGAGGCUAGGGCCUUGGGGUGUAGGUCCUUUGACGGCACCGGUGACAUUACCGUUGCCGCCGAUUGGAUUAAGAAGGUGAAGGAUGCGUCAAGAGACAUGCAAAUCACACCGGACGUGAAGUUGACUGUCGCUUCACGGCUACUUGAAGGGAUAGCCUCUACGUGGUGGGAGAGCGUGGAAGGGAAGUACCAUGGGGAAAUAACAUGGGCGGACUUUGAGCUAGAGUUCUAUGCUCAAUACUACUCCGAGUACGAGGUGAAUGUGAAACGGAGAGAGUACACUAACCUCAAACAGAAAGAUGGCGGCACGGUUAAGCAGCUGGAACAAGAGUUUAGAACCUUGGCGAGGUUCUUGCCAGAGUACGCGGUUGAUGAGAACCGCAUGACGGAGCACUUCUGGGAUGCAUUACUCUUGGAUAUCCGUGACCGAGCUACGUACUCUCGCCACAUGUCAUUUAGCGAGGUGGUGGAACAGGGUCUUCUUGGAGAGGCCCAGUGGAAUGAGAGGAAAGCAAGGGACGCCGAAGAGGCGAAGAAGAGGAAGUGGAAUAAUUCGGGGCCACCCGAUCAUUCUCGAAGGAACAACCACGGGGGUGGUGGUGGUGGCGGUGGUUCAUUCAAGACGCCGGCUCCACCGGCAAAGAAGAAUAGGGAUGCGAGGUGGCACGGACCUAGGCCACAGAACUCGGGGCCACCUAGAUGUCCCAAUUGCUCAAAACAACACUUUGGGAAGUGUAAUGAACCACCGAGGUGUUUUAAGUGCGGGAAUGCGGGCCAUAUGAAGGCCAAUUGCCCUCAAUUGAUGCAAGAGAGUGCCUCGGGAGCCGGGGGAGGGACCAUGACGGGAAGAAACCGUGCGGGACCGUCAAACGGCGGUACUGGAAGAGGCGGUGCAUCCACAAGCCAUGCCGCAUCUGUCAACCAAGGUGAGACCCAAGCACGAGUCUACGCGAUGACCGAGGCGGAUGCGCGAGCAAACCCGGACUCCGUUGCAGGUUGAAGCUAGAGCUUGCUACUUGCACCUUCUCACGGGUGAUAUCAAAUCAGGGAGACGUGGUUCGUGCUUCCUUAUUUUCUUUCAAACUACCGAACACUUGCUCAUGGAUAUUUGUUUUACUACAAACUAUUUUUGGGGCUUGCAUGCCCAUGUUGUCGGCCGGUUGUGGCCCAUGACUUACCGUUGAAUAUUUCCGCUAUUCACUGGUUUAAUGUGAUGUUGUUAUGUAUGUUUACUACUGAGUAUGGAUGGAUUGUUUUCUCGAACGCCUUGUGUAAUUAAGUGAGGUUGACCCGUGGGUGACGUCACUUAGUUAUACGGCGGUUGUACACGCGCUUGGAUUGCGGUCUGGGGCGUGACAGCUAGGCACUGAAGACAUUGCAACUGCAACAAAACUUCACCACAUCAACCUAGUCUACACCACCAAAAGGAGCCAAAUGCUAGGCAAAACAUCCAUCCAAGAUGAUGACUCAGAUGAUCUGGAUGAUGAUGAUGAUGAUGGUGAUGCCCACAAAGGACCUCCCAGCAAACAAAGAGGUAAACAAAUUAUUUCCUCCUCCUCUUCUAGUGACAAAGAAUUCAGAACAAUCUUGGAGAAAUCAAGAUUGGAAACUCAUGGAGGAGGAGAAUCUUCUAAAGCUCCCCAGGAACAGAUGACUGCUACUCAAGAGCCUCAACCAAUGAACCUCAACUUGAACUCCUAUCAAGAGGAUAUCCCAGAGCAGGAACCUCCAACAUCGAAUGAUCUCAAAGAUCAAAUUCUCCAUGAUGGAGAAGAGGACACCCCCACACUGGCAGAGGUCUUCAUCAACGAAAGAAGGGCAACCAUCAAAUUCAUCAGUAAUGCUGAAGUGAGACUACACAAGCGGUUGAUCAAAAUGAAGAAGCAUUUUGAUGAUCUCCUUGACUUAAGAUUCACAGAGGUUCACAGGCACAUCAGAAGCAACCUAAUGAUACAACAAGUGUUCAACUCUGAGCAAAAGGCUCAACUUCAGAUUCAGCUUGCAAAUCAACCUGCUCAGCUAGAGGCAAUCCACAAAGCCCUCGCAGAACUUCGAGCUAAAGAUGAGGAGCUAGAAAAUCAGAUUCUGACACUUCAACAAGCACAAGCAAGAGCAGAUGCCCUUCAUGCUGCAGCAGAGACCUCUGCUCCGGUAAACUCUAUCUCUACUUUACCUACUAACCUUGAACAGGCACUUCAAAAGAUAACUGAGCAUGAAGAAUACAUCACUUAUCUCAAGAACAAGGAGUUCCCUGCCAUGCUUCAACUCUCUCAGAAGUUCCUCAGUGAGCAGCAGGCUCAUGUUCAAGCAUAUGACCAAUUAACCAAAGCAAUAAAAAACAACUUCCUGGUUAUUCAAAAGAACACUCAAGAAACCUUCUGGAAGCAGGGAUGUGACAUCCAGAGACUGGCACAGGAAGUAGAUGAAGCCAAGAAAAUCUUAAAGAAGGUAGAAGAAGAAGUGCAUGUAGACAUCAAAACUGAUCUCCAAGAUGUCAACAACGCACUCAAUGCAAUGUCCAUCACAGUGUAUGGACUUAAGAACAAACAAGAAGAAUCAGAUGAAGAAAUAGAAGCCCUCUACCAAGAUAUUGAUGAUGCCAAAAAGGGGGAAGCUACCUUAGCAGGACCCUCCUCUAAAAGACAGAUAGCAGCAAAGAAGGCAGCUGAAACAAGAAGAAAGAACAAACUGCUACAAGAAGAGGCUGAGAUCAGAAAGAGAAAAGCAGAAGAGGCUAAGGCAAGGGAAGAAGCCAAGAAGAAAGAAGAAGACAAGCAGCUCAAAUAGAUUCAAUCAGUAGUCCGAGAAUGACUAUAAACUACUGUAGUAGCAAAACACUUGUAACUAUUCUCAUUUCAAUUAAGAAAACCUCUUCCCUGCUUAGUAUAGUUUUGGCAUCAUCAAAAAGGGGGAAAUUGUUAGUACCCAAUUUUAAUAAGAUUUUGAUGAUGCCACUAUACUAAAAGUCAAUAUGUCCUGCGUUCUUACUUUAAUUAAAGGUUGAUCAGGCUCUCAAACUGUGACCAAUUAAAAUGUACAAUUUUUGUACUAAAUAAAUUUUUAC